GUUAUCCCGCAUCCAUAUAAAUACCUUAGAAAAAGACCAGUUUGAUCUUAAAAAUAUGGCUAGACUGCAAACUAUGGACGAGGAUCUGAAAAGAAUAAAAAAUAGCACGAGUACUUCCUUACGUUUGCAAGAUGUUAUGCUUGAUGAAGGCCUAACUAUUACGUGUGAUAUUUCCAAAGGUAAACCGCGCCCUUUUGUCCCACUAGAAAUGCGAAGAUCAGUUUUUUCCAAAAUACAUGGCAUUUCGCACCCUGGCAUCCGAGCAACAGUUAAACUGAUAAGUGACCGAUAUGUAUGGCCGAAUAUGAAUCGGGAGAUUAAACAUGGGCCAGAUCAUGUUUAGCCUGCCAAAAGUCAAAAGUACAACGACAUACAGUUUCACCUAAUGGCCAGUUUCCAGAACCUGAUGGUAGGUUCCAACACAUACACAUUGACAUCGUUGGACCGUUACCACCAUCUAAUGGCUUUACGUACAUUUUAACGUGUAUUGACAGAUUUACGAGAUGGCCAGUAGCUUGUCCCUUACCUGAUAUUUCUGCUGAAACUGUUGCAAAGAGCAUCAUGCAAAAUUGGAUUUCCAACUUCGGAGUGCCCACCAUUAUUACUACAGACAGAGGUGCCCAAUUCGAAAGCCAUUUAUUACAACAACUCACAGAACUACUGGGAAUCAAACGUAUACGUACUACUGCAUAUCAUCCCAGUUCAAACGGCUUAGUGGAGAGAUUUCAUCGUCAACUGAAAGCAUCACUGAUGGCAGUGAAGGAUGAUGAUAAGUGGAGCGAUAAAUUACCUCUUGUACUUCUUGGAAUACGUUCGACAAUAAAACAAGAUAUCAAAUGUUGCCCAGCAGAAUUAGUUUAUGGUACUACUUUACGACUACCUGGAGAAUAUUUCAACCCAGCCACUGAAGUUCCAGCUGACGAAACUACUUUUGUGCAACAACUGAGACAACAUAUGAGCCUUUUAAGAUAUCACCCACCGCGACAUCAGCUCAACCAAGCAUACAUGCCUGAAAAACUAGAAAAUUGCACGCAUGUUUUCAUACGACACGACGGUGUAAGGAAACCACUUCAACCACCUUAUGACGGACCAUUCAAAGUAAUAAGCAGAACAAGCAAAAUCAUCACUGUCGAACGCGGAGGAAAACACGAGAUUGUAAGCAUCGAUCGCGUAAAACCAGCUUUCAUGGAAAUAGAGGUGACUGAAUUUUUACCCAAAUCAACAUCAUCUCAAGAUUCAAAAUCUGGUGAUAUUCCGUCUAACAAAAAAGAAAGAAUCACAAGAUCAGGCAGACGAGUACAUUGGUCACAAAGAUUUGUACAGACAAUUUAUUUCCAAUUCAUUUCCAUAGUACCUUAUUACGGUACUAUUAACUGCAUAUAAGAUAUAAAUCUAUUCUGUAACUCCUUACAAUAAAAAUCCCAUUAUUAUUCU